GUUGUUACGGAUUGGUUAUAUAUUGUGUUAAAAAUAUUUUGACCCCCCAAUGUGUUGUUCAUAUUUGCCGACUCUCGACGUUUUACUCUCGAUCGACUCUCGACUUUUUACUCUCGAUCGACUCUCGACUUUUUACUCUCGACUCUCGACUUUUUACUCUCGACUCUCGACUUUCACCCUCGCCUCUCGACUUUUACCCUCGACUCUCGACUUUUACUCUCGGCAGACCAUCAUCACUCACGGCAGACCAUCAUCAUACACUCACGGCAGACCAUCAUCCACGAGUAUUUGUUCCGUCAAAAGAAAAAGUAGCUAAGUAAGCAGUAUGAAAGCCGGAAAUCGUACGCUUACGCGUUUAAUAUGUUGUUACUUUUACUUUCUCUACUGGUCCUUGGAAUCAAGACGGAAAUUUUAAAACUUCAAUUUAAGGUGAGUCGCGUUUAAAACUAUUAGUUGAAAACAUAUAAAAGCAAACUAUAUGCAUACUUCUGUAAUUAUAACAUGAAAAAUACUCCGAAUAAUAGCAUACUGGGCUUUUACCGGUAGGUACAUAUUGGGCUUUUAGCGGUAGAUACAAGAGGUAUCUACAAGAAUACACGAUAGCUGCUUUGAAAAUGAUUUUGAAAUGAAAUCGAAAUGAUACCUCAAAUCGUGAGAGCCCAAGAUACUAUUAUUCCUCGGAGUAAGCUUCAUAUUAUAUUUCUUGUCGGAGGGAAACAGGCCGUUUCUGUUAUGUUCAUUUAUAUUCUUUCAAUCAAUUGUUGUUUUAGUUUGUCGUUAUUGGUUUAAUAAACCAGGAUUUACAUUAACGGCAACGAAAGAUAUGUCAACUACUUUGACGUACGUUGCGGCUGGAUUUUCGGCGCAUCUUGGCCCAGAUAUCAAGUCCAAAGACGAUGCUUUUCAGUAUGCUAUGUCGACAAGACGUGGUCAAGUCUAUCCUCAGAAAAUAGACAUAAAGAUAUUAUUCUCGCACUGCCAUGACAUAGUUAUGCCUAUGCCAUUUUACCACUACAUCCAAGUGUUUGGUGAAGAAUUCGAAAGAUACCAGAUAGACCCAUUCGUAUCUAAGAAUUAUUCGGUCAGUGAUAUCAAGAAGGAGUUUGCGAGCUAUUGUGGUGUUCAUCCCAGCUGCCAGACGUUGAUGUAUCAAGGCAAGGAACUAGAUGAUCACUUGUCUUUGACACAGGUACGACAUGCACUGAAUACAAUUAAUUUCAUGCUACAGUACAUGCAUUAGUGUAAUUUUCAGGGAAUCGGGGAAUUAUAGGGCCGGUUUUUGAGAAUCGGGGAUUGCGGAAA